UUCGUCCAAUCAGGUGAGGAGCCUAAAGCUCAGGAAAGAAGCAGAUGAUAUGGCAGCUUUGAGAGCGACCAGGUGGAACUUGCUUUGUUACCGCGGCUAAACGUUUGGUUAUGAAGACACUUUGAGCCGGAGAAGGCGUCAGGGCAGCUGUUUGAAAUGAUUUACUUAAUAUUGAUUUCCGCGUUCUCCGGAGCAGUCGUUACCUUGAUAUUACAGUUCCUGCUGAUAUACCGGAGAAGCCCUGAGCCCGUAGGCAGGACAGUGCAGUAUGUCAAAGUAGUGCCUGAUAACGCAUUGAAGGAUUACUUUAAUACCCAACAUGCCGAACCAGGCCAGCAGCAACAGGACAGCACACCAUCUGCUGCAUCCAAACAGCAAGAGGCCGUGUCCAGCAGGCAGCAGGAGGCGGCUGUCAGCGGCGGCAGCCCCAAACAACAGCCGCCACCGCCUUCUCAAAGCGAGCCCAUUGAUGCGGCCAAAGCCGAGACGUGCAAUUUCCUAAACGCUAUCUUUUUGUUCUUGUUCAGGGAACUCCGAGACACCCCAGUAGUCAGACACUGGCUCACCAAGAAGAUUAAGGUGGAAUUUGAGGAGCUCUUGCAGACCAAGACAGCAGGUCGGCUCCUGGAGGGACUCAGCCUCAGAGAUAUCUCCCUGGGCAAUUCUCUGCCUGUCUUUAAAACGGCCAGACUCAUGAAGCCGGUGCAUAUGAACGAGGACGGCAUGCCCGAGGAGCUCAACUUUGAGGUGGACCUCGAAUACAAUGGCGGCUUCCAUCUCGCCAUCGACGUGGAGCUGGUGUUUGGGAAGUCUGCCUACCUGUUCGUUAAGAUGAGGCGCGUGGUGGGCAGGCUCAGGCUGCAGUUCACGCGCACGCCCUUCUCCCAUUGGUCCUUCUCCUUCCUGGAGGACCCGCUGGUGGACUUCGAGGUGAAGUCCCAGUUUGAAGGGAGGCCGCUUCCUCAGCUCACUUCCAUCAUCGUCAACCAGCUGAAACGGGUCAUCAAGAAGAAGCACACCUUACCGAACUACAAAAUCAGAUAUAAGCCGUUCUUCCCGUUCCAAGUGCAGCCUCCACUGGGUUCGACCUGUGAUUUGGAUCUGUCAGUCCAGGACAGCAGGCUGGUGGAAGGCAGACUCAAAGUCACCCUCAUUGAAUGUAGCAGACUGUUCAUCCUGGGCUCCUAUGACAGAGAAACUUAUGUUCACUGCACUCUGGAGCUGAGCAGCCACCAAUGGAAGGAGAAAACCCGGAGCUCCAUCAAACGGACGGAGGUUAUCAAAGGGCCAUGUGGAAGCGUGGGGAUGACUUUCAGGCACGUUCCUGCCAGUGAGGGGGAUGCAGUCCACGUCAGCAUCGAAACGGUCACGCCCAACUCUCCUGCAGCCUCGGCAGACCUGCAGAAGGGUGACCGCCUCAUUGAGAUUGGAGGUGUCAAAGUGACAUCCUCGGUUCAAGUUCCCAAACUGUUGAAACAGGCAGGAGACAGGGUGGUGGUGCUUUAUGAAAGGCCGGUUCGUCAUCAGACUCCUUCUUCAGGAAGCCUGGGAACUCUUCAGGAAGGGUUCGGACAGCUAGAGGAAACAGGUUUUAUUCCCCAGCCAGGAGGCUAUGAAGAAGACCCAGCUCCCAUCACUACGCUUUCUGACAUAUCCGAUAACAAAGACAUGGACUCAGAGUUUGAAGAAUUGAUUGUGGACUCUAAACCUAGCCAGACUGGUGGCCCUACCAGCAGUACUACCAGUGAGACAAAGGAAGAUUUCUUACUUACAGUAAACCAAAGCCCCAAAAGGACUGUGGCCAACUUGGCUUCUAAGCCACUUGGUUCCAUAUCACCCAUUCUCAAUCGCAAGUUAAACCUGGUGGGUCUCCAGUCUCCACUAAAACCCCAACCCAAAGAAUCACCAAAGCCCUCACCACAUAAGACCAAUAGUGAUCCAGUGGAGGGUGUGCAACGCCCCACUGUUCCACCCCCACCUCCUCCCUCUCGCCCUCCAUUGCCACCAAGACCUCAGAUAAGGUUGACAUCAGCAUCCUCAGAAACCAAUCUUUUGGACAGCGCUGAUUCUCUUACAACUACUAAUGCUACUGUUGCUCCUAAUGUGACUACCACCAUCAGCACUUCUGAAAAAUCUCCAGAAAAAGUUCCACUCCCUGGAGGUAAUGAGGAUAAGGCUAGCACUGAGAAGACUUGUGUUAAGCAAGCUGAAGCAAAACAGUCCACCAAAACAGCAGAGUCAAGUGAUGAAAUACUAGUUCUUUCCACUGUCACUAGCAGCACUAAGGUUGAUCAAGCAAAGGACAAAGCUUCAGAGAGCUCCUGCAGCACACGGGACAGUCUAGAGGACCACUCUCUGUGGGAAUCCCCAGAAACCAUGUUUCGGAGCCAGACAGCACGCUGGCCCAAGGCGUCUGUGGUGUUUGAGGUGGAGGGCAACCAUAAGUACCUUAAUGUGGCCUUGUGGUGCAAAGAUCCCUUUAAGCUGGGCAGUUUGUUGUGCCUGGGACAUGUCAGCCUCCAGCUAGACCAUGUAGCCCUAGAAUGUAUGACCACAUCUUCAGCAGAGUACCAGAGUACCUUUAGGUUGGGGCCUCCGGAGCCUAGAGCUAACGUUAGCCGCACUGCACUACGUAGUCUCAGCACACACAAGGGCUUUAAUGAGAAGCUGUGUUAUGGAGAUGUUACUUUGAACUUCUGUUAUUUAGCUGAGGGUGAAUUUGAGUAUCCAGGGGGACUGUCAGAAAGGGAGCGAGAGGGGAGCCUUCACGAUGAGGAUAUAAGGGAGAGAGAGAGGGAGCCUAUUCCCUCAGCACCCCGCGAUGACUUGGCCUACGGCACCAUCCAGUUGGUAGAAGUUCGCCACAACUUCCAGGACACCCAGUUCCAGAACCCCACCUGGUGUGAAUACUGCAAGAAAAAGGUUUGGACCAAGGCCGCCUCCCAGUGUAUGAUCUGUACCUACGUUUGCCACAAGAAGUGCCAGGAAAAGUGCCUCGCUGAAAAUCCUUUCUGUGUGGCAGCAACUGAACGUCGUGGAGCUGACCCUGAAGCCAAAUCCACCAUAAACCGGGCUACAACUGGCCUAACGCGCCAUAUCAUCAAUACCAGCUCUCGCCUGCUUAAUCUUCGCCAGGUGCCCAAAACUCGGCUUGUUGAGCAGGUGACUGAUGUGGUGCCUGGAGUGGUGGAGCCCUCACCCAAACAUACCCCCAACACAUCUGACAAUGAGAGCAGUGAUACUGAGACCUACACUAGUGGUGCAAGCCCUUCAAAGCAGCCCUCUGGCAGCGGUGGCAGCAGUAAACUUGUUCGUAAGGAGGGUGGGUUGGAUGACAGUGUGUUCAUUGCUGUGAAGGAGAUAGGCCGUGACCUCUACCGUGGGCUACCCACAGAUGAACGUUCCCAAAAGCUGGAGUUGAUGCUUGACAAGCUGCAGCAGGAAAUUGAUCAGGAGCUGGAGCACAAUAAUGCCCUCUUGCUGGAGGAGAGGGAGGCCACAGAUGCACGCCGCAAAGCCCUCAUCAGCACUGCCCUGGCCAAGUCUGGGGAGAGACUCCAGGCCCUCACCCUGCUCAUGAUCCACUACCGGGCAGGCAUUGAAGACCUAGAGUCAGUGGAGAGCAUUUCUCCUUCAGACCAGCAAGGCUUUAAAGGCAAAGGAGAAGGCCUGGAGGAAGAAGCCCUGAUAGGGACAGAUGUCUAUGACAGUGACAUAUGCAGCCCUGUGGAGGUUCAGCUACUGGACGACAUUACAGAGGAGCAGAUCUGUGUGGAGGCGCUCCACUAAAUAAGACCUGAAAAAAGAUGAGGACCAUGUGCUUUGGACUUGUGCCUCCCUGCAAAAAUUCUGUGUGUUUUCUGAUUUGGAGAUUGGGGGAAAUCAUAAGUCCAUUUUAAUUAUCAUUGAUGUUGGGCUCUAGUGUAUGAUUCACACGUUGUUUCUUUUCAUGUAAAAUGAAAGGAUUGUUUAAGGAUUUUCGUCCCCAAGGAUUUAUGGUGAACCUGUUAUUGAUUUGCUCAGUGCAAUGCUGUUUCUAUGCUCUAGGUUUUUAAAGGGAAGUUUGAAAGCUACUCCAUUAUCUGCCCUCAGCAGUGCUUCAUGUUUAAUCCUCCAGUUUAAUUUUUCUUUGACAUCAAAAUAUCACUCUAAGCUUCAAUUCAGGUUGCUUUGCUGUUUUGCUGUCUGUAACCGCUUUCACAUUAGGACUUCUGUACACAUUACUUUGGUCUAAUGGUCUGAAUCAUCUUAAUUUUGGAAAAGGAAAAUAGUUGUUUCAUAUUUGUUUGCUAUGAAGGUGACAAAGGCAGGCUUAGGCAUUCACAGCGAUGGAAGGAUUCAUUUGUCUGAAGACCCUGCAAGCAGUCACACGUCUUGUUUUGUGCACUUUUUACUGUAACAUUUUGGAUUUUAGAAGUGACUUUCCCUGCUCAAAAUGCUCUAGGGGAUUUCAGCAGCUGCUUCAUCUUCAGUGAUAUAUAUAUAUAUAUAAUUUGCUUCGUUUGUUAGGUUUAUCAGUUAGUUGGCUUUCUUUGGUUAGUAUAAAUAUGUUUGAUUAUGUAACCGUUUUUAAAUCCACGGGAUGGUGUCAGAUGUGUUUAUCUGGGGUGGAAAUCUUAGAUCAGUUCCUAUUUGGUAGUUUAUUAUCAUUAUUAGCAGUAUGCAUAUUUUUGUCUUGCCAAGUCAUGUUUUGUUCAGAGCACGGCUUCUAAAACCCAACUACGGCACAUUGUUUAAGAAUACUAACUACCAUGGGUGUACUGUGAGAAAGGCACAGUUAACUUUUGAUUGAUCUCUGAGUGAAUGGAUGGAGUGUCAUGGUUUUAAAAAUUGGUUUCGUAAGUAUGCAUGUGAAUCUCCGUUCUUUAAGGAGUGAUGUGAAGUAGUGCAGAUCAUUUGCCUUCAGGAGUUGUUUUCAUACCCAAAUGAAUGUAUGUUCCUUUUCUGUGUUGUGUACAUGCAGCUGUUUGGCACCGCCUCCCCCGUCGCCUUUCCUGAAAGUCGCCUAUUACAGAGAUUCUGACAUAACCAGCUACAGCUUCCAAAACGCUACGCUGUCAGUCUGACUUUUACACUCGUAGGCAGCCAUUGGAAAAUAAGAAUAUUGAACUUUUUUGUAUCAAGAGGAAAAAUCUACCCUUCACACCGUAAAGGUUUUAAAUCUACAUUGAUGGUGAUGGGAGUUUCUUCCUUUAUGUUCAUGGUUGUUUUGCCAUUCACUGCCAGAGCACACGUUUCGAGCAGAGGCUCAUGAUAGAUACUCAGUGAGAUUAAAUUUGACAACUUUCUAAAAAAUAUCAUCUGCUUUCAGGAGGUGCUGGUAUCAGUUUGUCAGAACUGUACAGGGUUCAAGUUUGAUUUUAAAACGCCAGAAAACAGACAUGUAAAAACACAAUGCAGGAAUUCUAGUUGGAGUAAAUGAUGUAUUAUUUUGAUGGCUCUUCAGAAGAUACAGUACUGCACAGUGGUUAAUAUUACACAGAAAUUAGUAAAUAUGAUGCCAGAAUAUUAUGUAUUUUAGAGAGUAAUCCACCAGAGAUGUGCAUUGUAACUAUUUGUCAAACACCAGUGAUGCUACACUGUGUUGUGGCAAAAGUUGAGACGGUUUCAACUUUUUUUCCCCCCCCUGACAGCUGUGUGUUAGCACCGCUGUUGUGCCUCCAGAGUGGCCUCAUUUCAAUUUAUUAGGAGGCAGCACUUUCUUAGCCUGCCCUGAGGUCUGUUUAAACACCUUUAGACUAUGUCCAUGCUAAUUCUGUUUUAAACGCCAAAAAUAAUGUUUGUAGAGACAAGUCUUGCAGCACCUUCUCAGAAAUGAUCUCCGUCCACACUCGCAUGCCUGACGAGGUGUGUCACAUGACCAUUCGCGUACACUGAGCCAUGCGGGUGCCGGUGUACUGAAAUUAAGAUGUUUUCUUAAAUGUGUUGCAGUUUCUAGCAGAGAAAACAAAGUCGGCAAUGAUUGUCGUUCGUUGUCAGUGUAGAAUUAGACCCUGGUAUUCUGGGCAUGUCUUUCUUCUGGUCACAUGAUGGCUGAAGAAUCACUUCUGCCUGUCUAGAGAAAAACACACCUCCGCCAUUUUGAGACUAAAACAGUGAGUCAGACGAUCUCACCAUUAAGCCCAGUUUACAUAGUGAACCGGUGUGCAGCGGAGGAACAGCGUCAUUUUUGCCUUAAUAAUUCUUCUCUACUUUUUUCUGCAACAACUUCAAAUUUUGUGUGAACAUGAAGUAAUGCUUUUGAGGAAAAACUGAGUGUUCCCCUUUGUACAAUUUAUGGCGCUGUGACUAUAAAGACACAAGGGUCUUGGAGAGUUUCGCCAUUUGGAACAGGAACAUGAACACUUUUGUCUUCAGACAUGUUGGGUGAACUAAUUUAAGCAUAUGGAGGCCUUUAGGUUUGGGGUUUCCAGCCUUUAUAGCAAUGGAGACCAUAUAAAACAAAAAAAAAAUAAAGAUUUUGUGGAUUAGUCAACUCUAACCCUUCAUGACUAAAAUAACAUAACAAUACUUGAUGUUUCUAACAUCAAGAGGGUGAACACACACAUUUAGGCCUUUUAUCUGCCCUACCUGCCCUGAUGAAACGGCAAAGUGCUCUCAAAAUAUUGCAGUCAUUAGCUAGCUAGUUGCUAGCUAGAUAUGUUGAAGAUGAUGGACUGACACGUUUGUGGACUGAAGACCUUCUUCAGUUUAAGUCAGUCGGGUUUUAUGAGCCUGGAACGGAGUGAAAUGGCAAGAUCUGAUAAGUUCAACCCACCUGCAAAGGAGUUUUUGAUAGCCUCAAAUCUGCUGCUUAAGUCAUACCAAGCGUUGCAUUUAAACACCCCAAGCUAAUGGAAGAUUCAGCAACAACAAAAAUAACAAAAUGUACCAAACAGCAAUCGAGGGUAGAUUUUUCCUUGCAGUGCAUGCAGCGUAACUCUAAAAAAGACUUAAUCAUGUAGACUAAGAGGAAGCAAAGGCACAUUUCAUGUUCUUUUCAGUGUAGUAAAUAUGUUGCUUAUGUAGAUAUUGGCUCACUGGCUGCUAUACUUGUCAAUCUCUGUAUAUCCAGAUUUUUUGUGCAAUAUUUUUGUAGGAAAAGAAGCUGAUAAUCAGGAAUGAAUCCCCAUGUCUGUAAUUUUUCUUCUUUUCUCUUUAAAUGUGUGAAGUCUGUGUACUCAUCUGUGUGGUAUUGUAAACUGGGGGGGUUUUUGGGGACCAAUGAGAACCUCAGAGGAGUUCAGUUCAUACCAUAAACAUCUCUCUUGGCCUAAGAAGCACUGCUUUUGCUGCUGCUGCUGUUGUCGUUAGUGUGCUUUUCCACAGAACUCAUAUUCACAUGCUACUUGCCCCCUCCCCCAGCCCUAGCCUUUGAAACUGCACAUACACUAUGACUGCCCACCACGCAGCUUUCAGGAGGUGGAAAUCCUGUUUUUCUUUUUUCUUCUUUCUUCUUUUCUGUUGUGUAUGUGAAGGAUGUUGUACAACAAUUUUCGAGAAAGGUUCAUCUUAUGAAGCUUUAUUGUACAUAACCUAAAUAAACAAGAUCAAAUGAA